AUGGCAGCUCUCCGCUCCACCUCGACCCGAUUCCUGGGUGCUGCCACAAGGCCAAUGCUCCGGCCGGCGACGACCCUGCUUGCAUCGCGAUCCAUGGCAAGCGUCUCCGAACCCAAGGCCAAAGUGGAAGAGUCCAACGCGCACGCCUCGCCCGCCGCCGAGGAGUCGCGCCUGAAGAGCUUCCAAAUUUACCGAUGGAACCCAGACAAGCCGACAGAGAAGCCCCGGAUGCAGACGUACACAUUGGACUUAAACAAGACCGGGCCCAUGGUUCUCGAUGCACUGGUGCGAAUUAAGAACGAGCUAGACCCAACCUUGACCUUCCGCAGGAGUUGCAGAGAGGGUAUCUGUGGUAGCUGCGCGAUGAACAUCAACGGCAUGAACACCUUGGCUUGCCUGUGUCGAAUCCCUGCCGACUCAAACAAGGACAUGAAGAUCUACCCCUUGCCACAUACCUACGUCGUCAAGGACCUGGUACCUGAUUUGACGCACUUCUACAAGCAAUACAAGUCCAUCAAGCCGUAUCUGCAGAGGGAAACGCCAGCACCAGAUGGCAAGGAAUACCGCCAGAGUAAGGAGGACCGGAGGAAGCUUGACGGUCUUUACGAGUGCAUUCUCUGCGCCUGCUGCUCAACAUCGUGCCCGUCGUACUGGUGGAACUCAGAGGAGUAUCUUGGACCCGCAAUUCUGCUCCAGUCCUACCGGUGGUUGAUCGAUUCUCGAGAUGAGAAGAAGGCCGAGAGAAAGGAUGCCCUCGAUAACUCAAUGAGCCUGUACCGUUGCCACACCAUUCUCAACUGCACACGGACUUGCCCCAAGGGUCUGAACCCUGGCCUGGCCAUUGCGGAGAUCAAGAAGGAGAUGGCUGUAUAA